AUGAGUUCUUCAUCAGGCAAUAUGGAGAAACGAGAUAUCACAAUAAAUGGGAAGAACUCUAUAGCUCUCAUUUUCAGAUAUGCUGAUUGGCAAGACCUUUCGCUAAUGUUCUUGGGAACUGUUGGAGCCAUUGGGGAUGGAUUGUCUACAAACUGCCUAUUGCUCUAUGUCACCCAUCUAUUUAAUAGCUUGGGUUACGGUAAGACACAGUUGAACCAUUUGAAUUUCAUGGCCGUGGUUGAAAAGUGCAGCUUAUACUUUGUCUACUUGGGAUUAGCAGUUAUGGUUGUUGCUUUUAUGGAAGGUUACUGUUGGAGCAAAACCAGCGAGAGGCAGGUCCUCAAAAUCCGUUACAAGUAUCUAGAAGCUGUUCUUAGACAAGAAGUUGGGUUUUUUGAUUCACAGGAAGCGACCACUUCAGAAAUUAUUGAUAGCAUUUCUAAAGACACUUCUCUCAUGCAAGAAGUCCUGAGUGAAAAGGUACCGCUAUUUCUGAUGCACUCGACAUCAUUUAUAUCUGCACUCGGUUUUUCUACCUACUUUUCAUGGAGGUUGGCUUUGGUGGCCUUUCCAACAAUGCUACUCUUAAUUAUCCCUGGAUUGAUCUACAAAAAGUACCUCCUAUUUCUAUCCAAGAAGUCCUCUGAGGAAUACAGCAAAGCAAAUGCCAUUGUGGGGCAGGCUCUUAGUUCCAUUAAAACUGUGUAUUCGUUCACCGCGGAGAGAGGGAUUGUACAGAAGUAUUCAUCAAUCUUGGAUCGUACCACGAAGCUGGGAAUAAAGCAAGGGAUUGCAAAAGGUCUUGCUGUUGGAAGUACGGGGCUUGCUUUUGCAAUAUGGGCUUUGCUUGCUUGGUAUGGGAGUCAUCUGGUUAUGUACAAAGGAGAAAGUGGAGGAAGAAUUUAUGCAGCUGGGAUUUCCUUCGUCAUGGGUGGACUAUCCCUCGGAAUGGCCUUACCAGAGGUGAAGUACUUCACAGAAGCUUCUGUUGCAGUCUCUAGAAUUUUUAACAGAAUUGAUCGGAUCCCAGAAAUUGAUGGUGAUGAUACAAAGGGGACUCAGCUAGAUAAAAUAAGAGGUGAAGUUGAAUUUGAGCAUGUCCAAUUCACUUAUCCUUCCCGGCCUGACUCGCUCGUGCUCAAAGACUUCAAUCUUAAGAUUGAAGCGGGAAAGACCGUGGCUCUUGUUGGCGCAAGCGGAAGUGGAAAAUCCACUGCCAUUGCAUUGGUUCAACGUUUUUAUGAUGCGAACAGUGGAGUUGUUCGCGUUGAUGGCGUAGACAUAAAAUGUUUACAGCUAAAAUGGUUGAGAUCACAGAUGGGUUUAGUUAGUCAAGAACAUGCACUAUUUGCGACAACAAUAAAGGAGAACAUCAUGUUUGCCAAGCAUGAUGCGACCAUGAAUGAAGUACUAACUGCAGCAACGGCAGCAAAUGCCCAUGAUUUCAUAAGGCAACUUCCUGAUGGAUAUGAGACUAAGGUUGGUGAACGAGGAGCACUUCUGUCUGGUGGGCAAAAGCAGCGAAUUGCCAUUGCCAGAGCCAUCAUAAGAAAUCCUGUGAUUCUUCUUCUUGACGAGGCUACAAGUGCACUUGACUCGGAAUCGGAGACACUUGUUCAAAAUGCACUAGAUCAAGCCUCCAUGGGAAGAACUACGCUGGUAGUCGCCCACAAACUCUCAACUGUAAGAAAUGCAGACUUAAUAGCCGUUAUGAGUGGUGGUUGUGUCAUUGAAAUGGGAUCGCACAGUGAACUGAUUAACAAGAACGGAUACUACGCAAAGAUGGCAAAAUUCCAAAGACAAUUUAGUGCUGUUGAUCAAGAGCAUCAUGUGGAAGCUUCUGCCUCUUCAGUUGCAAAAAGCAGUGGUGGCAGGAGAAGCGAAACAAGAAGCCCAGCUAUUUUUGCCUCACCCUUGCCCGUAGACAACACCCCUAAAUCUGCACCUUAUCCUCCCCCUUCAUUUUUUCGAUUACUUUCCAUGAACUCACCUGAAUGGAAACAAGGAGUUAUUGGAAGCAUCUCAGCAAUAGCUUUUGGAGCAGUGCAACCUGUCUAUGCACUAACUAUUGGUGGCAUGAUCUCAGCUUUCUUCUCACCAAGUCAUGAAGAAAUGCAAGCUCGAAUACAGACUUAUGCUACAAUUUUUAGUUCACUUUGCCUUGUCUCCAUGGUUGUGAAUCUCUGUCAACAUUACAAUUUUGGUUACAUGGGUGAACAUCUGACCAAAAGAAUCAGAUUGAGAGUGCUUGAGAAACUUUUAACCUUUGAACCAGCUUGGUUUGAUGAAGAAAAGAAUUCAAGUGGAGUCUUAUGUUCGAGAUUGAGUACUGAAGCAUCCUUAGUUAAGUCUCUUGUUGCUGAUAGGCUUUCUCUCUUGGUUCAAACAACUUCAGCUGUAACCAUUGCAAUGAUCAUGGGGCUAAUUGUGGCUUGGAAGCUUGCCCUUGUUAUGAUUGCUGUCCAGCCACUCACAAUUCUAUGCUUUUAUACACGACGGGUAUUGUUAUCUACCAUCACAGCUAAAUUCGUUAAGGCUCAGCAUGAUAGCACUCAGAUUGCUGUAGAAGCAGUUUACAAUCAUAGAAUUGUGACCUCAUAUGGAAGCAUCCAUAAAGUUCUUCAGAUUUUUGACGAAGCUCAGGAUGAGGCAAGGAAAGAGGCCAGAAAGAAAUCCUUGCUUGCUGGAGUUGGGAUAGGAUCAGCUCAAGGUCUUACUUUCAUGAGCUGGGCUCUUGACUUUUGGUAUGGUGGAAAACUAGUCAAUGCUGGGAACAUAUCAUCUGGGGAUGUUUUCAAAACUUUCUUCAUAUUGGUUAGUACUGGCAAAGUUAUAGCUGAAGCUGGGAGCAUGACUUCUGAUCUAGCCAAGGGAUCAGCAGCUGUUGCAUCUAUCUUUGCCAUUCUUGACCGCAAAUCUCUGAUUCCAGAAACUGACAAAGCCGGUGAUGGCUACACAGAAACCAAGGUAAAGAAAAUAAGCGGUGGCAUAGAGAUGAAAAAGGUUGAAUUUGCAUAUCCAGGCCGGCCUGAGAUCCGAGUAUUAAAUGGCUUUAGCUUGGGUGUGAAACCAGGAACAAGCAUUGGUCUUGUCGGAAAAAGUGGUUGUGGAAAGUCAACAGUUAUUGCUUUGAUCCAAAGAUUCUACGAUGUCACCGGAGGAACAGUUAAGGUGGAUCAGCUGGAUAUAAGGUUGCUUGACAUUGGGUGGUUCAGAAGGCAAAUGGCACUCGUAAGCCAAGAGCCGGUGAUAUAUUCAGGUAGCAUCCGUGAUAACAUAGUCUUCGGGAAGCCUGAUGCAUCAGAAAAUGAGGUGGUGGAUGCUGCUAGAGCAGCCAAUGCUCAUGAAUUUAUCUCAUCCCUGAUGAAUGGGUAUGAAACCGAAUGUGGAGAAAGAGGAGUGCAAUUAUCUGGAGGGCAGAAACAGAGAAUUGCAAUUGCUAGAGCCAUAAUUAGGAAUCCAACCAUACUACUGCUAGAUGAGGCAACCAGUGCUCUCGACUUGCAAUCUGAGCAAAUUGUACAGGAAGCAUUGGAUCGAAUAAUGGUGGGAAGGACAACAGUUGUGGUGGCACAUAGGCUCAACACAAUCAAGAACUUAGACUCAGUUGCCUUUGUUUCUGAGGGAAAAGUGAUUGAGCAGGGAAGCUAUGGUCAGCUCAAGAACAAGCGUGGUGCCUUUUUCAAUCUUCUCAACCUUCAGAAAGUAUAGGAAUUGUCUGCACCGCCAGUCUGACAGCCACGUUUUUUAAGUUUAGUUUUACUACGUAAAGUAAAUCUGGGAAGUAAUGCAACAGCAGUUUUCCUGAUAUCAGAUGGCAAACCGUUGUCAAACUAAAUACUAUGUAAUUUACUCAACUUAAAUAUGAGAGCCUGAAAGUUGGCAUAGUCUUGUAUCCUACAAUCAGAAUCUUCUUGCAGAAAAAUCUCCAGGCUUCC